AUGCAAUUCGCCCUUCCUCCUCGGAAAGGCAAUGUGGUUGCGCCUUACUCGCGCUCCCCGUUUUUCACCUACCAGCGUCGCAAACAGCUAAAAGCACUUGGGAUCCUGAGUCUCGCGCUGAUCGCCAUCUUUUUCCUCUUGUCGCAACUCUUCUACUCCAGCACAGGCACAGCAGCAGCCCCAAUAGGGGCUGCGAGUUUCGUUAUUGUGACAGUUUUCGACCGAACUCUAUACAGCGACACCUAUCUACAAAAGAUUGUCAAGAACAGGGAGGACUACGCUCAGCGACAUGGCUAUACCAACUUCUUCGCGAAUCUCUCCGACUACGACUCCUACAUAGGGUCUGCCCCGCGGAGCUGGGGUAUCGUCCCCGCGGUCCGACAUGCAAUAGCAGCCCAUCCCUCCUCUACCUACUUCUUCCACUUGGACCCGCAUGCCCUUUUCAUGGACCCCAGCAAACCGCUCGAGAGCCACCUCCUAGGCAAACACCGACUCGAGACUCUAAUGCGCCGGGAUGUCCCCGUUGUCCCCCCUGAUAGCAUAAUCAAGACCUUUGCGCAUCUCCGCCCUGAGGAUAUAGACCUCAUAGUCACCACUGAUGCGGAGGACUUGAAUAUAGGGAGCUUCAUACUCCGGCAGGGCGACUUUGCGCGCUUCUUUCUUGACACUUGGUUUGAUCCGUUGUAUCGGAGCUAUAACUUUGCGAAGGCAGAAACUCACACCUUGGAACAUAUUGUUCAAUGGCAUCCCACAGUUCUAGCUCGACUAGCACUAAUUCCUCAACGAGCCAUCAAUGCAUAUAGCAAGGAUUCACCCGGCGCUGGGAUUGAUGGUACUUACAAAGAUGGUGACCUGAUUAUCCGAUUCUUUGGAUGCGAUAGCGAUGCGAAGCGGGAUUGUGAAAGCGAGCUAGACCCUUAUUACAAAGUGUGGACGAAAAGGGUGAAAGUUGAGUGA